AUGGACAAUUUCGACUACCUGACCAGAGACUGGUCAAUUCUCGGACCACAUCAUCUGGAAGAAUUCGUACGUCUAUGGUCCGAAUACGAUCCUGAUGCUAAAGGAAGAAUCAAACAUCUUGAUGUCGUUACAUUGCUUCGAAAGAUCUCACCUCCUCUUGGGUUCGGUAAACUGUGCCCACAUAGGUUGGCUUGCAAGCGUUUGGUAUCGAUGAACAUGCCCCUGAACUCGGACGGUACGGUUUGUUUCAAUGCAACGUUGUUUGCGUUGGUUCGGACCAAUCUCAAAAUCUAUACCGUCACCAAGAAAAGCAUUGAAAUUUAA